AUGAGCGGCAAGCGGUCCAACGUCGCCCUCCUCACAGAGGGCGCAGACUACAUCAAGCGUGCCAAGAAGGCGCGUCAGGACCAGGUCGAGGAAAUCAAGUUCGACGACGAGGCCAGGCGAGAAUGGCUCACUGGAUUCUCAAAGCGUAAAAAGCAGCGUACCGACGAACGCCGUACCCGUGCCAAGAAGCGUGACCACGAAGCACACCUCGAGGAGCGCCGCAAGGCUCGCAAGGAGCUCAAGGACCGUGCCGAGCAGAAUGUACGCGACGUGCGUGCCGCCCUGGGAUUGGCGCCUCUCGAGGAGGAGGGCGACGACGACGGCAGCGAUGACGACGAGGCGGGACCCUCUGGCAAGAUUGAGGAGGAGGAGUACUCGGACGACGAGCAGCUGGCCACUGUCACCAUCGAGGAGGACUUUGACCCUUCAUCCACGCGCACGACUCGCAACUACGGCUCAGACUCUGAAGACGACGACGACGAAGAGGCCGCCGCGGCAAAGAAGAAGAAGGCCGCCGCCGCCGCCGUCCCUCUCCUCCCGGCCUCCUCGAAGCGUGCCGAGCAGCGUGCCAAGCGCGACAAGGAGAAGGCUAAGGAGGCAAAGGAUCUGGCCAAGAAGAAGGAGAGGAAGAGCACCAGCAUGGAGACUCCUGCUGAGAAGCGGAGGGCUAAGGAACACGAAGCGCGUAAGCGUGCCAAGCGUGCGGACAAGGAGAAGGCCCAGGCAGAAAAGUAUGGUGUCACUCUUGUCCGCAGGAAGAGCGGUGGUGGUGGCAAGAAGACGGGUGCCAGGUCGUCAAGCGCCAAGAGUGGCAACAAGGGAGGAGGCAAGACGAGGCACAAGGGCAAGGCCAACCACAAAUAG